GUUUAAGCUUUGUUUCCAACCAUGCCAGCUGCAGAGAUCAUUCACAAGAAGGAGAAGAAGCAGAAGAAGGACAAGAAGGAUAAGUCCGAAUCUAAGCACAGCGAGAAGAAGGAGAAGAAGGAAAAGAAGGAGAAAAAGCGUAAGCACCAAGAUACAGCUGACAAUACCACCACCGACGACAAGGAACCAAAGAAAGCCAAAAGUACCGCCGACGAUUCCGCUGACAUCGUUAGCAAUGGAUACUCAGUUCACCCAUCGUUGGCUGAAUUGCCUCAAUCUGAUAUCGAUGCUUUUUACAAGAAGCAUGUUAUUGAAGUCAAUGGUGAUAAAUCCUAUCGACCUAUCAUGGAGUUCAGCCAGUCCGGUCUUCCCGCCCAGAUGCUGAAGGCUGUCAAGAGCUUCAAGGCACCCACUCCCAUUCAAGCCAGUACCUGGCCCAUUUCUUUGUCUGGCCGUGAUUUGAUCGGUAUUGCUGAAACUGGAUCCGGUAAGACCCUCGCCUUCACCAUGCCAGCACUUGUUCAUAUUCAAGCCAAGCGUCAAGCUGAAGGCUCCAAGAAAGGACCAACUGUUCUUGUUGUCGCCCCUACUCGUGAACUUGCCAUGCAAUCUCAAGAGCAAGCCGAAGCUGCCGGUAAGGAGUGUGGAGUCACAACGGUCUGUAUUUAUGGUGGCGUUCCCAAGGAUGCUCAAAAGAGGGCCAUUCGAUCUGGUGUUGAUAUCAUUGUUGCCACACCCGGUCGUUUGAUCGAUCUUAUCGAAGAAGGCGCAUGCGAUAUCAGCAGUGUCUCCUACCUCGUUCUUGAUGAGGCCGAUCGUAUGUUGGAUAUUGGAUUCGAAGAUGCCAUCCGCAACAUCAUCUCCAAGACCCGUAAGGAUCGCCAAACUCUCAUGUUUUCCGCCACUUGGCCAGAAAGUGUUCGCAAAUUGGCAAACGACUUUUUGAGAAACCCCAUGCGCGUUACUAUCGGCUCUCCUGAUCUUUCAGCCUCGCAAAAUAUCACACAAAUCGUUGAGGUUUUGGAUGAUCCUAGACAAAAGGAGCGCAAGCUCACUGAACUUUUGGCCAAAUAUCACAAGAGCCGCAAGAACCGUGUUUUAGUGUUUGUUCUCUACAAGAAAGAGGCUACUCGCAUUGAAAGCUAUUUGCAACGACAAGGUUUCAGAGUGGUUGCCAUCCAUGGUGAUAAAAACCAACAACAACGUACACAGGCACUUAGUCAAUUCAAGGAUGGUAGCUUCCCGCUCAUGAUCGCUACUGAUGUUGCCGCCCGUGGUCUCGAUAUUCCUGAUGUAGAAUAUGUCUUGAAUGUCACCUUCCCCCUUACCAUCGAAGAUUACGUUCAUCGUAUCGGUCGUACUGGUCGUGGUGGAAAGAAGGGAAUUGCCCAUACUAUUUUCACGGCCCAUGACAAGUCCCACUCUGGAGAACUGAUCAAUGUCCUCAAACAAGCCAAUAUGCCCGUCCCAGACGAGUUACUGAAGUUUGGAGGUACCGUCAAGAAGAAGGAACAUUCCGCUUACGGAGCUUUCUACAAAGAUCUCGGCGACGCUCCCAAGGCCACCAAGAUUGUUUUCGACAACGAUGACUAGAUAGAUGCAACUUGGAUUUUCAAAUUGUAACAUAGUUGUCUUUUUCUUUUUACAAGUUUCUUUUUUACUCAUCUUUCAUCAUAUACAUCCAUUUGCAAACUU